CGAGGGCACGCUGCCUCCCCGAGGGGGUCGCGAGGGGCGAGGGCUGAGAGGAGGGUGGCUCAACGCGCUCUGCUCUCUCGCCCUGCGCUUCUGCUGCCCCCUCCGCCGCUCCUCGCCACCCCCUGUGCCGCUCCUCUGCCCCUCUCCGCCCGCCCCGCAGCCACUCCUCUACCCCCCCUCCCCGCCGUGGUGUAUGUGCAGCAUGGAGCCUGAACGUGACGUGGCCGAGCCGGAGCGGAGAGAGCGCGCCGAGCCUCUGAGUGGCAUAGAGCGCACUGUCGUGCAGGAUACCUGGGCGCGAGUGUACGAGAGCUGCGAGGACGUGGGCGUGGCUGUGCUCGUCAGGUUCUUUGUGAACUUCCCAUCAGCAAAGCAGUACUUCAGUCAGUUUCAAGACAUGGAGGACCCAGAGGAGAUGGAGAGGAGCUCCCAGUUGAGGAAGCACGCGUGCCGUGUCAUGAACGCCAUCAACACAGUAGUGGAGAACCUCCACGAUCCGGAGAAGGUCUCGUCUGUGUUGGAGCUGGUGGGGAAAGCCCAUGCCGUCAAGCACAAAGUGGAACCCAUGUACUUUAAGAUUCUAAGUGGCGUGAUCCUUGAGGUUCUCUCCGAAGACUUGGGUGACUGUUUCACCGAUGAGGUGCAGAUGGCCUGGACCAAACUGAUGGCGCUGCUCUACUGGCACAUCACUGGAGCAUACCAAGAGGUGGGCUGGGUCAAACUCUCCAGCUCAGCCGUCUGAGAACCAGCCCAGAACACACACUGCCACGCAUGGUACACUGCCCUGCCUCAUGGUGAAUAUUCUGAAAAGGAAAGACAAGUCAUUGUCAUAGAAAAAGACUGGUUUUAUCCAAACAUACACUCACUCCAUCAUCGUUUACUCCGGCACCUUCUUUAUCGCAUUGUGUCUUUAUUGAAACCAAGCAAAGUUCUUUAUAUUUUGGAAAUGGGGUUUGGAACAGAGAGAAUAGAACAUAUUCUAUAGACGAAUCUUCUGUAAAUGCAUCAUUUAUUUUUAUCCUCCUUUUAUUUUAAUUUCUGUUUUGAUGUAAAUUAAUUAAGGAACAUUUAUAUCUUACCAACUAUUCAUUUAUGCCAGUAAGUGACCAAAAAAAAACCCUCAAAAUGUCAUUCCACUGACCGCAAUAAAAGGCAUAUGAAUUUAAAUAUUCUCAAUUUCAUGCAAAUUGAGAAUUGUCUGAGAAAAACAGUUCCAUCUCGCACCUAAAUGGUUCUUCAGUUGUUCCUCCGAUGGAACUCUACAACAGAAAAGAGCCUUUAAAGAACCCUUUUGAAUAUUUGCUGGAGUGUACUUCCCAACAUGAAUCUAAACACUCCAUCUAUUCCUUGAUAUGUCCCUCAGGGGGAAAGAACCCUUAAUGGUUCUAUGUAAAACACUACAACAAGUUUUUCUCUUUUCCAAUCAGAACAGAUUGAUAGUAGAACCCUUUUGCAAGCUAAGAACACUUAAUUAUCCAAUGAACCAUUACAGAAUCCUUUUUUCUAUUUGCUGAAGUGACUUGGUUAGUUAAAUCAGUCCUGUCAUUUCAUUUUUCAGAAGACCCUCAUCGAUAUAGUCGAUAUGUUCUUCGGUUGUCCCUCAGGGAGAACCCUGAGAGGAUAUACAUACGGUAGAAUCCAUCAACAAAGUGUUUUCCUUUUAGAAAAGAAAGUUAAGGAGAACACUGUAAUCCAGAUACCACAGAUUCCUUGAUUUGUCCAAAAUAGGGUGAUGAUGAUGAUGGGGCUCCAAGUAGAACCCUUUUUCCAAGCUAGAAACCUUUAUUUAUUUAUCCAAGGAACUCCUGAAGAGCCUUUUUUUCCUGAUUUGAUCAAGUGUCUCAAAUCCUUCAGUGCCUCCUGACCUUUCGUUUUUCAUGAGGCUCUAAUCUACAGUAUAUACUUGACAUGUUCUUUGGUUUUUCCCAAUGAGAGGGCCCUUAGAGGGGACACACUGUAAGUAAAAUCCCACAACAAGUGUUUUCCUAUCAGUAAGGGUUCUGAGAACUCUGAAACAUUCGGUAAGCCUUUAAAGAACCUUCAGUACUUUGGUACUUUGGAAAGAAUCCCAAAUGUUUAGAAAUUUUGAACCAUUCAAGUGAUCUGUUGGAAUCCAGUUAACUGAUUAAUUAAUUAAGCAAAUUAACAACCAUUUUUAACCCAUCUUUACCAAGGGGUGCCAAUAAUUUUGGUAUUGACUGUACAUAGUGAAGCGCCAAAUCCACAUGGUUGCUUCUCGAUUCAGUUCUCUACUCUGACAACCUAUAUUUAAUGUCCGAUCAACACGUUCAGGAUCCAUGAAGCAUUUUCUGUGGACAAGAUUUGAGAUACUGAAGUACAAAAAAGAAAAGCGAAUCAGGCCACGGCUACAAAAUGUAAUGUUGUGACAUUGGUUACUUGUUGCUUGCUCGUGUGUGUGGGGUUUAACAGUGUGUUCAUUUCACCCUGGAAUUAUGGUAAUUAUAAGGUUAUCGGUUUAUAGCAUCGUACACAACGGAAAAAUUGAUAGCUGAAGCGCAGUGAAAGCUAGCAGUGAGCGAAACCACAUUUUGAAAGAAAGUAGACGACAUUAUUGAGUGUGAGGUGACAAAGUGAUAGAGACAGUUUGACAGACAUGGACAGAAAUAAAUCCUGAUAUUAAAUUCAUUACCCCAUGGCGAUUCUUUCAACCGUGAAAUGUCCGAGCUUUCAGAAAAUUCCAUUGGGUAAUUAUAGUUCUGCAAAGUCAAACACUUGUAAUUAUCAUAAUUUACCAUAAUUACAGUGAGCGCACUGUGUGUGUGUGUGUGUGUGUGUGUGUGUGUGUGUGUGUGUGUGUGUAUCACACAGGUACUGCAUAUCCUAAGUAGCCACCAAUAUUGUAUACCAGUCAUUCUGAAUUCACACACACACACACACACACACACACACACACACACACACACACACACACUACAAUGAGACUGCACAGUAUGGCUUCUGACUGUCCGAAUGUUGUGUUCAAAAUAUGAGCAUGCUCACUAUCCCCUACACUUGUGAAUCAUGAGCACUAUGUAGCACACUAAUAAUAUACAUAACAUAAAUAUCUCAACAGCAUCAAGGUACUGUGGAUGUGUCCCAAGUUGCACAUCAUGUUCACUACAUAGGGCACAUAAACAUGUCUGAACAUCAUCAACAUCAGGGUCCUGAACUAUUCACUGCAUAGGGCAGAUAAACUCCAGUGCCAUCUCAAACAUUUCACCAUCUACCUACCGUAAUGUGGAUGUGUCCCAACCCACGUCAUAUUCCCUACAUAGGGCACAUAAACUCAAAAAAAGAUGAGUGAGCAUUAUGAGUUCAUUGUAAUUCGUGAUCCAAUCCACCAAACUUAUUCACUAUAUAGAAGACUUAAACUCCAUCAUCAAGACCAACCCAAAUGCUUAACUAUCUGUCUAAUGGGGACGUGUCCCAAACCACAUCACAUAUUCACUAUAUAGGGCAGUUAAGAUAUAAAAGCGCGUCCACACCAUCCCAAACGUCCCAUCCUGUAUCUGAUGUCGAUGUGUCCUCAAUCACAUAGUGUGUGUAAAUACUACAACAUGCUGUACAUAACAUCAAUCCACUGUGGAUGUGUUCUAAACCACACGCCGUGCUCACUAUAUGGUAGAAGAGUAUGUAUAUACCACAAGAGUCACAUAUUGUCCCUUUUACUUACACACACACAUACACACAUUUAUGCCAUGUCCCAAAUGGCACAUUAUGCACUCCUGUCCUUCUCCAAGCCCACACUUUAGGAAAAAUGGGUUUUAAAAAUCAUGCAUUUUUUGAGACGUAGCAUGAGAACAUUUAAUUGUUUGGGGGUUUUUUUUUCCAUUUUUAAGCUAAUGUAAGCUAACCUGACAGGAUUUCCGAAAAGAUUCUGUGGUAAUAUUUGUAAAGUUUCAUCAUCUACUGCUAAAACUAGCUAGUUUUCGAGCUAACAUAAGCUAGCUAGCAAAUUAGCUAAAAAUUAAAAUACGAUAAGCCGUACUGCUGACGCUAACUAGCUGGCUAGCUUACAUUAGCUAAUCUGAGAGAAUUUUAAAGUCAAAUUUAAACUCCUUUGAAUUAAAUGUGUGGGGAAAGUCUUUCACGCUAACACUGGCUAGCACUUUGAUUUCUGAAAGGAUAGCUGUCGUGCCGAGUCGAGUGUUAUCGCUAAGCGGUUUCGGUAAGAGAGUGCUGGUGAGUCGACAUGACUCGGGAACGAGGACCUCAAGACUGAAGUGUGCCAUUUGGGACAGGCCCUUAGUUUCAAUAGUAGAGCAAUAAACACUUAACCUAGAGGAUCGACUGUUCUACUGAUAUGUGUGUGUGUGUGUGUGUGUGUGUGUGUGUGUGUGUGUGUGUGUGUGUGUGUGUGUGUGUGUGUGUGCGCGCUCUAGUAUUCGGUUAACAUCAAUGAUGUGUAAUGUGAGCCAUUCCGUGUUGCUUCCUGUUGCUUUCCUGUGUGUGUGUGUGUGUGUGUGGUGGGGGGUUACAACUGAUGUUUGUCUCCAUAGUGAGCUUCUCCUGACAGCUGGUUUAUUAAACACCUCCAUUCAUCCAUAACUCACUAAAUGGCAACGUACUG